AUGCCUAUUAAAAAUAAUUAUUUACCUUAUUCAAAUUGGAAUGUUUCGAAAUUUAUAUUAAAUGAAUUUGUUGAAGAGAAUAAAGGAUAUGGAGGGAAUAUUAUUGGAAUUUUGGUUGUUUUAAUUGGAGCUUUAUGUUUUGGUUCUUUGCACGUCCCAAUCAAGAAAUAUUCAAAGGGAAAUGAUGGAAUUUUUAUUCAAUGGAUAAUGUCCUUUGGCAGCUUGAUUAUUGGAUUUAUUAUAAAUAUUUUGAUGGGAUCUCCACCCUUUCGGUUAUCAGUAACUGGUGGAGGAAUGCUUUGGCCGAUAGCAAAUUCACUUGCCUACAUUGUUAUUUUCGGUCUCGGCCUAGCCCCGGCCCUUUUAUUAUGGUCAACAACAAAUAUACUAACAGGAUGGUCUACAGGCCGAUUUGGAUUAUUUGGCCUUAAACAAAAAAUACCUGAACAUGAAUUGCUCAACAUUGUCGGUCUGAUAACAAUUAUAAUUGGAGGUAUUUGUUUUGCUUUUAUUGAGAAAAGACUUUUACAAAACAACAAAAAGCAAGUUCAUAUAUUUCCUGGUAGGAAUUGUAGUUCAAAUAUGUGCAGGUCAUUUUCUGAAAGUGAUAAAAGCAGAAAAAGGAUUAAUAAUCAAAGAUCAAAUGAGCCUUUUGAAGAAGAGAAUUCAGAAUUUCAUCAAAGUAAUAAUUAUAAUCAUAAAAUAAUGAAUGGAGUUGGUUUGGUUAUCAGUGGACAUCGAAUAUUAGAUAUAAGAAAAUCUAGUUUUGAUUUAUCCUCACAUUCAUCAAAUAAAAAGACUGAAUCUAAAGAGAAUUUAAAUGAAACCAAUGUUGGGAACUCUUCAAAUUAUUUUAAAAGAAUUGUCCAAAGAUUUAGUCAAAACAAUGUUGGAUUAUCCAAAAGAAUAAGGAAAUGGAUGAUGCGCAACUCACAUCGAUUACUGUAA